AAAAUAUUUGAGUAUCUCAUUAAAAAAAGCAUUAUUAUAUUAUGUUCAUUUUGCAAGGUGACUACUUUCAAAUGUGGAGGAAUCUCCCUCGGUGUUUGCAGUCAUCAUACCUUGGCAGAUGGGUCAUCAGUAUUCCACUUCAUCAACAGCUGGUCUAAGAUGGCUCGAGGUCAUUCCCUUAGCAUUUCGCCUUUCAUUGACCGUACCAUCCUACAGUCCUUGAUGUUACCAGCUCCUACAUUCCACCAUGUUGAAUUUGAUCCUCCUCCUUCUAUGAACACCCCCAUCUCAAGUCUUAGAAGCGCAUGCUUAUUCAAGAUCACAAAAGAUCAACUUAACAACCUACAAGCCAAGUCCAAUAAGGGUGGAGACACUACAAGGCAUAGUAGUUACAGUAUCCUCGCUGCACAUGUAUGGCGUUGUGUGAGUAAAGCGCGAGGCCUCUCAGACGAUCAACCAACAAAGUUAUUUAUUCAAGUCAAUGGAAGGCCAAGAUUCCGUCCUCCCCUCCCACCAGGCUACUUUGGCAAUGUUAUCCUCUCAGCUUCAACAAUUGCUUUAGCUGGUGAUCUGCUGUCAGAACCAUUCUCAAAUACAGUGGAAAGAAUACAUAAAACACUAAAGCAGUUCGAUAAUGCAUACCUCAAAUCAGCUCUUACCUACAUGGAGAAAGUGCCUUCAAAACUAACAGCCUUACCAGGAGAAAAUACCUUCCAGUGCCCAAACCUUUACAUCAAUAGCUUGUGGAGGUUUCCCACAUAUGAUGCAGAUUUCGGGUGGGGUCGUCCUAUUUUCAUGGGAAGGGCAACAAUAGGUGAAGGAAAGUCAUAUAUACAACCAAGUCCAACAGAUGAUGGUAGCGUGACAUUGAUGAUAGGCUUAGAGGCUUCUCACAUGAAGCUCUUUCAGACGCUCUUUCAAAAGCCUAUUUGUAAGUUGUAACUAAUGAUCCCUCAUGGCUUCCUAACUAUGAGGGUGCAUUGUCUAGGAAUAAUGAUUAGUGUUAUAU